AUGGCAGGAGAUCAACUCAACGUACUAAACGCACUAGACGUUGCCAAAACGCAAUGGUACCACUUCACAGCGAUUAUCGUCGCAGGAAUGGGAUUCUUCACCGACGCAUACGACCUUUUCUGCAUCUCCCUCGUCACUAAGCUUCUUGGCCGCAUUUACUACCACGUGGACGGCGCAGCGAAGCCAGGAAACCUACCUCCAAACGUCUCAGCCGCGGUUAACGGCGUUGCGUUUGUUGGUACACUCACGGGCCAGCUUUUCUUCGGGUGGUUAGGUGAUAAACUCGGGAGGAAAAAAGUUUACGGCAUGACUCUAAUGGUUAUGGUCAUCUGCUCAAUAGCUUCAGGUCUCUCCUUUGGUAACAAACCUAAAUCCGUGAUGACCACGCUAUGUUUCUUCCGGUUCUGGCUAGGGUUUGGUAUAGGCGGUGACUAUCCUUUAUCCGCAACGAUCAUGUCUGAAUACGCUAAUAAAAAGACACGUGGUGCGUUUAUAGCCGCGGUUUUCGCCAUGCAAGGGUUUGGUAUCUUGACGGGAGGAAUCUUUGCGAUCAUUAUCGCUGCGAUUUUCGAGGCUAAGUUUCCUGCUCCGGCCUAUCAAGUCGAUGCCUUGGCGUCCACGGUACCUCAGGCGGAUUACGUGUGGAGGAUUAUUCUAAUGGUUGGUGCUUUGCCUGCCGCUAUGACGUAUUACUCGAGGUCUAAGAUGCCUGAGACGGCACGGUACACGGCUCUUGUGGCUAAGGACGCGAAGCUAGCGGCUUCGAACAUGUCUAAGGUUUUGCAAGUGGAGAUAGAAGCAGAGCAUCAAAGAGUAGAAGAGAUCUCUAGAGACCAGUCUAGACAGUUUGGCUUGUUCUCCAAGGAAUUCAUGAAACGUCAUGGUCUUCACUUGCUUGGAACCACGAGCACAUGGUUCUUACUUGACAUUGCAUUCUAUAGUCAGAACUUGUUCCAGAAAGAUAUCUUCAGCGCUAUUGGGUGGAUCCCUCCGGCUCAAACCAUGAAUGCAAUUCAAGAAGUUUUUAAAAUCGCGCGUGCUCAAACCCUAAUCGCCUUGUGCAGCACGGUACCUGGUUACUGGUUCACUGUGGCUUUUAUUGACGUCAUUGGUAGGUUUGCGAUACAGAUGAUGGGUUUCUUCUUCAUGACUGUGUUCAUGUUCGCUCUCGCUAUUCCUUAUGACCAUUGGACUCAUAAGGAUAACAGAAUAGGGUUUGUGGUUAUGUACUCGUUAACAUUCUUCUUUGCAAACUUUGGACCUAAUGCCACGACGUUCGUGGUGCCUGCUGAGAUCUUCCCGGCUAGGUUUAGAUCAACCUGCCAUGGAAUUUCAGCUGCUUCUGGAAAGUUGGGAGCAAUGGUUGGUGCGUUUGGGUUCUUGUACUUAGCACAGAGUCCUGACAAGAACAAGACAGAACAUGGAUACCCUCCAGGGAUAGGUGUUAAGAACUCGCUUCUUGUUUUGGGAUUUGUUAAUCUUUUGGGGAUGGUGUUUACGUUGUUGGUACCUGAGUCUAGAGGCAAGUCUCUUGAGGAAAUGUCUGGUGAGCAUGAGAACAAUGAUAAGAGCAGCAGCAGCAACAACCAAAACAGCACGGUGUCAGCUGCAUAG